AUGGCGGAUUUUACAAACCUGCUGGGGAUCCGUAUCUUCAUCUCGUGCAUCGGCUGCGUCGGAAACCUGAUCCUCAUUUUCUCCAUAAGUCACAGUCACGCCAAAAUUUCCGCAGUUAAAUCUUUCGAGGUGUUUCUUUUGGGAUUGGCUGUGUCCAACUUGGAGGAGAUUCUGAUCGUCAACAUUUACGAUAUUUUGAUUCUCGAAGAUCCGUCUACGAGAUCUGGAAGUUGGUCUUGCCAGUUACUACAAUUCUUAACGAUAGCCGGAGAAUUAAGCAGCAUCUUGUUCACCAUUGUCAUUUGUAUUUUCCGCUACGAAAAAGUCAAAGACGCAAAAGAAAGAGUGAUCCACCAUGCUCACCUUGACAACAUAAUGAUUGCGAUUUCCGUGAGUAUUUUUUGUUUUAUGUCAUCGUUGUCUUUGAGCGCGCCGGUUUUUGUGAUAAACGUUCGAACUCAAAAUUCAACCACGAACUGUCCUCCAGAUUUUUUCCAAUGCGACGAACUCCACUGCCCAACGCAAAACUACAUUUACAAAUUUAUCUUCAUCGCGAUUUGCAAUGUUCUGCCCAUGGUUGUCGUCACGGUAACGAGCUGUCUUAUCAUUUCCUUACUGCUACGCCAAAGGAAACACGUCGAACCAGAAAUACACGUGAGUGGAGCGAGGCAUAUCGUAAAAAAGACCAAAAACUCCAUUCUCCAGAGAAGCACAGUGGCAGUUUUAGCAGCUAUGGCCUUGUUCCAGGUGGAUUGGAGCCUCUAUCUAUUUGUCCAGCUUAAUUUUCAAACCAGCAAUUUUGAGUUUUGGAAUGAGAUGAAGUUUUUUAUCUCGACGUUCUACACCUCCCUCAGUCCCUAUGUGUUUGGGAUCGGAAACGACCUGUUCUCCAUCAAACACUGUACAAGGAGAUAA